AUGGACCGUUUCACCUCGGCGGCCGUGCGCUUCCUGGAGGCGCACCGCAGCGUGACGAACGUGCGGUUCUCGAAGCUGCCUCCGCCGGACCAGCACGAGAUGGCUUCGUGGAUGACGGAGCACUCCCCGCUCCAGCUGCCCCCGGACCUGACGAAGUUCUACCGCACCUGCAAUGGGUGUUCGUUGGCCUGGGACGCCGCGCUGCCCGGCGGGGCGGUCCCGAUGGGGCACAUGCACAUCAACGCGCUGCGGGACGUCAAGGUCGUGCCGCUCAGCGUGCCAGAGAGCCCCGUGGAGCGCGCGUCGCAGCACGGGCACCCUCCCGCCACGGUCUACGUGUACGGUCUCCCCGAGGACGUCGCUGGGGCGCUCGGCGUGCGGGCUGAGGACGCGCAGGGCGAGGGGGCGGCGCGCACGGCGACGACGACGCGCGUCCGCACGGCCCUGUGCAUCGAUGACACAAGCCCGUGCGGGCCGCUCGCGCUGCUCUACCUGCGCGGGGCGGACCGGGCGCCGAGCGUGUGGCUGCGCGACAGAACGGGCGCGUGGGCGUACGUCGCGGAGACGUUCACCGACUUCUUCCGCCUGUCGGUCAUGCACCUGGGGCUCCCUGGUUGGCCGCUGGCGCUGACGCCGUGGGGGCUCGACGCGGACACGCGGACGUGGCUCGGGUUCCUGUCGCCGGAGCGCCUCGCCAUCAACCUGGACGGCCGCGACCACGCCGAGGACGUCUUGCAGCAGCAGGAGCAGGAGCAAUGA